AUGACGAGUGUUGAUGAACUUGAAAAGCGAAUCAAUAGUACAAUGGCCGAAGAUGAUCUGAAGAUUCUGCACGCACUUCAGAAUGAAAUAAUUCGUUCCGAAAAUGACAAUCGCGAAGCAGAACGUGAUCUUGCCAAGAUUGAUCAACGAUUUGAUGAACUGCGUAAUGAACAACGUAAAUUGGAACAUGAUAUCUCUCAACUCACUGGUCAAAUGACUCAGAUGAACGAAGCAAUGACUCGAGCCAAUGAAGAACUACAUGGCUUGCGUGAACAAGAACAGAAACUUAUUGCUGACCGCAAUAAACUUGAACGUGUACUUGAUGCCGAAAAGAAGGCUCUCGAAGCGGCCAAAAAUAAAGUGACAGAAGUAAAAGCUCGAAUCCAUCGCUUAGAACAGGAUAAGACGCAGCUUGAACAACGUCGUCAUGAUCUUCUCGAAGCUCUACGCACAUGUGAAGCAAACAAACGGGAAAUAGAACAACAGAUAACGGCUAUAGAAGGUCGACUUCGACAAUUGGAACAAGAACUAGAACGACUAAGUGAUGAACUUCAUCAACUUGAACGAGUGAUUACUCAACUCAAAGAAGAUAUUCAGCGUACGAACGAUGAAAUGACACAUCUUGAUCGAGAAAUAGCUAAAUUAAAAGAACGCUUACAAGAACUUGAAAAAGAAAAAAUAACAAUCGAAGCAGAAAUACGUCGUAUCGAAGAGAAAAAGCUUAGCAUUAAAAAGAUCAUCGAUUUGAAACAAGACGAUGAUCUUCGAUCAAAACAGAAUGAAAUCGAUAAAAUCAAACAGCAAGUUAAUGAUUUGAGCGGAGAGUUACAAAAAGCAAACGACCAACUUGAACAAGCUACCCAGCAACUCGGUCAAUUCAAAGAAACCCUUGAGCGAGAGAAACAAAAUGAAAAUCAAAUGCACAAGGCAUUCGACGAUCAACAGAGAAAGGUUGAUGAUGCAAAGACAAUGCUUGAUCAACGAACCGAUGAGGAAAGUCGAGCGCAACGUGAAUAUGAUGAAGCCUUGCGAGCUGAACAGGAUGUAGCAGAUAAUUUGAGACGUGACCAAGAUGAGUUACAAAUAAAAGAAGCCGCUCUACGAAUAGCUCAAGCAGCGUUGACUGCUAUCGGGAUUGCAACAUUGGGUUUUGGCUUAGCAGCAGCAGCAGCCGCUGUGGCGAUGUGCGAAGCGGCACUUAAAGCUUGUCAAGCACAGGUAGAUGGAACUCGACGCCAACUAGAACAGCAAAAGCAAGCACGCGAACAAAAACAUGAAAUACAUCAACAAGCUGUUCGUAACAAAACGGAGGCACAAAACAUUUUGCAACAGGAGUCAACAUUAUUGGAGACGCGACGAACCGAGUGGCAACAACAGAAACACACUAGAGAAGAGGCUGAACGGAAAGUAACGGAACAGAUAGGGGUCAAGGAUAAAGCAACAAACAUGCACGAUGAUCUCAAACGCCGUCUAGAUGAUGCAAAAAAUGUUCAAUCAACCAAGGAAGGUGAAUUCAAAGAUGUUGAAACAAAAGUACAGAGUCAAACAGAACAAAUCAAAUUGUUAGCCGAUCAGCAGAAAACGAUACAAGACCAGCAGACGGAAAAUCAAACAAAAGUGGCAUUGGCCAGGCGAGAAAAGCAAACUGCUGACAGUCAGCAUCAGCAAGCGGUCAAUGAGGAACAAACAGCACUCAAUACGCUCGUCGAAAAAAAAAAUCUUCAAGAAACAAAAAAUGGAGAACUUCAACAAGCAGAAAACACAUUGGAAGCUAAAAAUACCGAAUUACUCGACAAACAACGUGCUGCCCUUGAAGCGAAAAAUAGAGUAGUCGCAAUUGAAGAUGAUCUUAAGAUGUUAGGCAUGACUGUUGCUGAAUUGCAACAAGAAAUGAAUCAGCAAGAGCUUCUGUUGAACGACGAAAGAAGAAAGUUGGAGGCGUAUGGUGAUAAAAAGCGCAACGUAGAACGAGAAAUGAAUAUUGCUCGAACGAACAGACAACGAAUUGAAGAGCAGCAUAAUGGUUUUAAACGGGAAUUGAAUACUAAAAAUCAAGCAAUGCAGGCUCAGAAUACUAAAGUUAUGAACAGUGAAGCUCAAGUUAAAAUUGCACGAGAAGCAACAAAUAGCAAUGAGAACAGUCAUCGACAACGACAAACAGACUUGGCUAGAGUACGUGGACAAAUUACACAAAACGAUCAAGAUUUGCGAGAAAAUGGAAAUACAAUUCGAAUGUUGACUGAAACAUUGAGAAGACAUGAGACUGAUCUUCAGGUUAGUUAA